CAACUCCUUCCAUUGCGUAUAGUCUUUGUAUAUCGUCAUUGUCUUCUGGUUGUUUUCAAGAAUCUUCCUAUUGUUAAUAAUUUCAUUUUUGAUUCGAUCGUUUUCCUCAUCUUAAGUGAUAUAUCAUAAAUAUCAAAUCCAUAAAGUCUAUAUUUCUAGAACUAUCUGACUAUCUGAUCAUAUACUGCAAAGGUAUUCAAUCAGAUUUAGGAGCUUGUCGUCAUAACUAUAUUCAUUUAUAAGACUACCUAUUCUAUCAUCACAUCAUGGCUGCUUUGCCAAAGAGAAUCAUAAAGGAAACCGAAAGAUUGGUCUCUGACCCUGUGCCAGGAAUCACGGCUACUCCACUGGAAGAAAACCUCAGAUACUUUGAGGUAACCAUCGAUGGCCCCAGUCUGAGUCCGUACGCUAAUGGAGUGUUCCAGCUUGAGUUGUAUUUGCCAGACGACUAUCCUAUGUGUGCACCAAAAGUUCGUUUUUUGACAAAGAUCUACCAUCCCAACAUCGAUAAGUUGGGCCGUAUCUGUUUGGAUGUGUUGAAGGACAACUGGUCGCCAGCGUUGCAGAUCCGAACCAUCUUGUUGUCCAUCCAGGCAUUGUUGGGAGCUCCUAAUCCAGACGACCCUUUGGCUAACGAUGUGGCUGAAGACUGGAAGAAAGACGAGAAGAAAGCCAUACAAAUCGCCCAAGAAUGGACCCAGAAAUACGCUGUUAAGAAGGAUUAGAGAAGAGAGAAGUCGGAUUGGUUUCCUUCAUUUCUAGUUACUAGAGGUGGCAGAAAUCUUUAUUCGUAAUACGCAUGUCCGUUCAUGGCUGUUAUUAUUUAUUCAAUUUAUAGAGACAGGCCAGAUGAAUGGUGCCAUUGUCGGCAUGAGUUAUAGCUCUGCCGUGGCGAUGCUCGCUUUUGUGUGUACUUGGUAUGUUUAAUGUCAGAUAUGUAUCUAAAUGUAUGAAUGAAGCAGG